GGGGGCUCACAUCAGCUGCAUCCAGUCACUUUACCUGACCCCAGCAUCCUCACAACACACACACACACACACACACACACACACACACACACACACUCGGUUCACACAGCGGUUACUCCGUCCUCACUGAAGGUGUUUUUGGUCGACUUUCGUCUUCACUAACGACGAACAUUUAAAGUGACUGUUGGAGGGCAGAGGAGACGAGGGGAGAAAAGAGGGGAGGAGGGAAGGAAGGAGAGGAGAUGAGGCUGUAAAUGGACUCAAGGAGGGAGGAAGGAAAGAAGGAUAAAUAAAUGAAUGAAUAAUGAAAAAGGAAGGUGAGGUCGAAUCUGAGAGAAAAAAGGAAAAUAAAAGAUUUAUAAGCUAAUGAUAGAUGAAAAAGUGAGGGAUGAAAAAGAGGAGAGGAGAACUGGGGGUAAGAGAAAGGACAGAAAGGAAGUAUAGAAAGAAAAGAGGCAGAAGUAUGAAAACGGAGAGGAUAAAAGAUGGGUAUAGGGAAGGAGGUAAGGAAGGAGGUAAGGAAGAGAGAGGGAGAAGGACAGAAGGAAGAAAGGAAAGAGAAACAGAAAGGAAUAAGGAUAAAAGGAAAGGAAGUAAGGGAACAAGGAGAAUGGAAGUAAAGAAAAGUGAGAAAGGGAAGAGAUGAGCAAACAGGAAGAGAAGAAAUAAAAGAGAGAAUAAGAAGGAGCAGAAAGGAAGAGUGUUGUAAAUUUUAAAGAAGCAAUUCAACAUUUUUAUGGAGACGUAAAAUCUGAGGAAUGGAGAGACGAAUAAAAAAGAGAGAAAAAGAAAAGAGAGAGAGUUUAUAGAUCUGUGAGAGGAUGGAGGGAUGUCAGCCGAGGACAGUUGUGCUGCUGCUGUCCACCUCUCUCUCUCCCUCUCUCUCUCCCUCUCUCUCUCUCUCUCCCUCUCUCUCUCCCUCUCUCUCUCUCUCUCUCCCUCUCUCUCUCUCUCUCCAUCUCUCUCUCUCCCUCUCUCUCUCUCUCUCUCUCUCUGUCUCUCUCUGUCUCUCUCUCUCUCUCUCUCUCUCUCUCUCUCUCUCUCUCUCUCUCUCUCUCUCUCUCUCUCUCUCUCUCUCUCUCUCUCUCUCUCUCUCUCUCUCUCUCUCUCUCUCUUGGUUUUAUUGAUGAACCCCGGUCCUCCAGAGGGACCAGGGGAGCACGGCUCAUCUCCUGCCCAGGGUCAGUGCUCCUCUCCUGGGCUGAAACUUUCCACCUCUCCCUCUCAACCCUCCACGGCCCCUGGAUCCACAGGUAAUGAGCUGUGACCGUCAGGGGGCCGAACAGGAAGUCGUCUGUUUGUGUGUGUUAUCCUCGUCUCCACACACACUCACACAGUCAAAACACACACACAGACACACAGACACACAAACACAGCUGGCCUGUUCCUCUCAGCUGUUUGUUUACUGAGAGGCUGACGGGGGCGGAGCCUUGUCCACACACACCUGUCCGUCAUUUACCCUCAUUACAGGUAAAACAUGACAUCAGAGCCAUAAACCUGACCACCGUCCUGACCUUUGACCUUUCUGCUUUUAACCUCAGACCUGACAUCUAUCUUCUUCUACAUCUAUACCUCAUCCAUCUGUCUCCGCCCAUCUUUCAGCUCCGCCCUCAGAGUCUGUGGUCCGGUCUGUCCUGGACCAGAGAUCCCUGAUCCUGAUGGGACUAAUCAUCGAUCAUCAAUUAACCAAUCGUCAAUAUAAACAGUUUGACAUUUAUUUAGCUCCGCCCACAACAACCUGUUGCCCACAGCGCCACACUGUGGGAGUAAACUGACAUGUCAUCCUCUCAUCCUUCCUUCAUCCCCUCCUCAUCCUCAUUUUCGUCCAUAUUCUGAAAUGUUGUUUUUAAUCCGAUUAACUGAGAGUUAAUUGACCCCGCCCCUUUAUUUCUGUGUCUGUCUCAGCCGCUCAGUAAGUACCCCCCCCUCCACAACGACAUCUCCUUCUGGCUGCCGGAGAGAGAGGACGGUGGAGAGAGCUUCACAGAGAACGACUUCUACGAGCUGGUGCGCUCCAUCGGAGGAGACCUGGUGGAGAAGGUCUCGCUGGUGGACGACUUCACCAACCCAAAGUAAGAGACCACACUUUAAUGUUCGUUUAGUUUAAUCUGUGUUACCAUGACGACACUGCAGCAGACCAGAGGAGAGAUCCACUUCCUGUGUGAUGAAAGAGGAGAAUAUGGACAGGAAAUGGGGAGGAAACAAACAGGAAAUGAAUAGGAAACGAACAGGAAAUGAACAGGAAACGAACAGGAAAUGAACAGGAAACAAACAGGAAACAAACAGGAAAUGAACAGGAAACGAACAGGAAAAAAAACAGGAAACAAACAGGAAAAAAAACAGGAAAAAAACAGGAAAAAAACAGGAAACAAACAGGAAAAAAAACAGGAAAAAAACAGGAAAAAAACAGGAAAUGAACAGGAAACAAACAGGAAACAAACAAAUAAGAGGGAAGAAGGAAACUGUUUAACUGAAGGACUGAGACGAUUCAUUUUAGUCA